AUGGUCGCUUCCAGGAAUUCGUUGAACGAUGACCUCUUGCUGCCGUAUCCUCCUUCCCGACACGGUCCCCAGCAACGCCACCGGCACGCCAGAGACUGUCAGCUUCUCGCCCACGGCAACACGACGCACGAAUCCUGGCCGGGGGACAACAGCAGCGUCAGCCCGCUGGCCGUCACCCGUGCAUUUGUUUCCUACAUCCCUCCCACGGGGCAGAACCGGAGACCUGUGUAUGGGCAUUUCACCAUCGCGAGGGACCCUUUAAGAACGCUCUCCGUGUUAGAGCCCGGUGGGCCAGGAGGGUGCCGGAACCGCUCGAGGGCCACUGUGGAAGAGACCGCCAGGCUCGGGAAGUGCCUCGUGGCCCAGAACGGGGGCUAUUUUGACAUGGACACCGGGGAGUGCCUUGGGAACGUUGUGAGCGACGGGCAGCUGGUACAGACCUCUAGAGGGCUGCAGAAUGCUCAGUUUGGCAUCCGGCAAGAUGGCACGCUGGUCUUUGGCUAUCUUUCCGAAGAGGAGGUCUUAGCGAAGGAGAACCAUUUCGUUCAGCUGGUGAGCGGGGUAGUUUGGCUGCUGCGGGACGGCAAAGUUUACGUGAACCAGAGCCGAGCUGUGGAAUGCAGUAAGACACAGAACACAGGGCCUUUUGACACGUUCAUCAACACCAUUUCCGCCAGGACAGCCGUAGGUCACAACAAAGAGGGCCACUUGGUCCUUGUUCACGUGGAUGGCCAGACAGGCGGAAGGGGCCUCAGCCUCUGGGAAAUGGCCGAUUUUCUGAAGGAGCACGGAGUCGUCAACGCGAUCAACCUGGACGGUGGGGGGUCGGCCACCCUCGUCUUAAACGGGACUCUUGCAAAUUACCCCUCUGAUCACUGCCAGCCUGACCCCAUGUGGCGCUGCCCUCGCCAGAUUUCAACCGUCAUGUGCGUCCAUGAGCCGUCGUGUCACCCGCAAGACUGCAGCGGCCACGGCAAAUGUGUGCUCGGGGAAUGCCAAUGCAGCGGAGCUUACUGGAAAGGUCCCGCCUGCGACAUCUUGGACUGCGGCCCUUCAAACUGCACUCCUCAUGGAACGUGUACAGAGGCGGGGUGCCUCUCGGAUGACGGCUGGAAGGACCCCAAUUGCAGCCAAGAUGCCCUGUGCCACCCAAAGGCUGGUCGUAACUCGGAGUUCCUUUUCACAGAUGCCAUUGGAAAUGCCAAAUUCUUCUUCUGCCAGUCCAAGGGACAACAGAAUCGUCGCAAGUACACUUAUCAGCCCCUGGAGGAAAUAAACGGGGAAUCUGGCCAUACUUACACAAUGGCAGCAUGGAAGAAUGAAGAGGACGCAGCAGAGGAGCGUGACCCCGAUCAGCCAGAGACGGUCGAACUGAUCUGA